AUGGCCCAAAACAUUUUCACAGCAUAUCAACAAGGAGGAUACGGAUAUUGUACCAAAUUUGUUGAUGAAUUGGCUGAAUUUAGUUUAGAAACUUCGCCAUUUCUAAUAUGCUGCGACGAAAGCCGUACGCAAUACGUUCCUUCUCUAUUGGUAUCAAUGGUGAUGCAUCCACCUAAUAAUGAAACUCUUUUUUCUGUCCUUAGAUGUUUAUCAUCGAUCACAGUUUACUCGACUUCAAAGAAAUUCUCAAAACCACAAUUUAUUCUCGAACUUCUAGGUCAAAUUGCUGAGCCUGUCCAGUUUAACCAAAGCCUUUCGGCGUAUUCAAAUACAAAGUACAAAACCGAUCCUCCUUCAUCCUCGAAAAUACAACUAUACUGCUUAAAUAUCAUCCUUAACCUCAUAAAACAUGGUGAAAUUGAGCCAAGUUCUUUGUUACAAUUUGAUAUCGUCCCACCACUUUUUACGGCCUCAAAAACAGAUAGCGCUCCAGAAGCUAUGAAAUUAAUCCAAAAUUGGUAA